GUUGCUGUGCAAGCGGACUCUACGCAUUUGGUUAUGUGUCAUCGGCAGUAGGCCUGCUAUAAUGUCAGUGUUUUCAGUGAGAGCUAGCCGAGCGUGAAGGCACAUACUGAUAUUCCCGGAAUUAAUGGAAUUCAGUAAUGCUACGAACUCGCUCUUUCGACCUGGUAAACAGGACUAUUGAAAACCAUAAUGACAAGCUGCCGCGACUCAAGGGCUCAGUCGGCGCGGAGCUGCAGCACUUGGCGCAGGACCGAGCCAUUCCCUCCGCCCCGGACGAGAGCAGACGACGGAGAACUAUACGUCUGGUUCGCCAUCAGAACUCCUGGGGGUUUACUCUGCAGACAUACGGCGUGAGGAACAAGCGGACUCGGGAGGUUGAGGUCAUGUCCUACGUGGAUUACGUGGAGAUCAACGGAGCCGCCUGGGUGGCCGGCAUGAGGAGAGGGGACAUAAUCCUGUCGGUAAAUGGAGAAAGUGUGGAGUCGUCUACCCAUGCAGAGUUGGUCAAGAGAAUCCAGCAAAGUGGACCCGACAUGAGAAAAUGCUGUCUCACAAAAUCAAAGAACUUCAUCGGUUAGAGGAGGAAGAAAGAAGGAUAAAUAAAGGCAUCCCUCUGUCCCGUACGGAAAUUCUGAGAAGAUCAACUUGUAGCUCAACGUCCAGUGAGUGGGACAUUUACAGUGAGCUCACUUCCCCUGCUGCCAUCGACAACGUGCCCGCCAAUCAGUUUGUGUUCAAAGAGAACCUCCACCUCUCUGUGAGUGAUGUAUCAUCGGGAAGCCCACCACCAGUAGUAAAGAAUACAGCUUUCACGUCGGGCGAGAUGCAGGAUUCCAACGGUGUUCCAGAAACUGGACCCAUUCCUUCCCCUGCUGUUCUACAACUAAAAGAAGAAAAUGGAGACCCGCAAGAUUUUGUGCUUUCAGAGAACAGUGAGAACUCGCAGAGCUCUGAAACAGGUUACAGAGAACUCUACAAUAUUACUCGAUGUGCUCAGUGCAUCAAUGAUGUGUCUCGCUGUACCCAUAAACGUGAAAGUAUCUCCGUCAACAUGGAUGAAAAAGUGGAUUCCGCUGACAGUUUGACUAAUCUUGUCAAAAAAUCAGGAAAAGAGUUGAAAAAAGUGGGACUGUCAGACAAGUACUUAAAGUCUUCUCCAAUCGGGGAAAAAUCGGAUGAGCGAUUUCCGAAGAGGAUGAAUGCUUUUUACAUCGAGUCUGAUAGUGAGGAGUCUCAAAUCAGUGCUAGUGACCUUGACCGAAGUCGGCCAGGACAAAUGAGCUUCAGCAGCGGCACCAGCAUCAGUGCAGCCAGCAGUAUCAGUGGCAUCAGUGUGCGCAGCAGUGGCAGCUCUGCAACCAGUAGCAGCGUGGAUAGUUCUACACUGUUUGGUGGUUCGAAGGUGGGCCGUGCAGGGACCUUGAUUGACACAGACAGCAACUCUGAGCACAGACACAAAGAAAACAACAGUGAUGAAAAAAGUUAUAGUCUCAUUGUGUAUCCUAAUUCUGGUGACAGUGGACUUGUUGAUGGCGAGGACAAACAUGUCAAUGGUGAUGGGUGGCAUGAACUUUGUAGUGAAAAUAAAAGUGAUAUUGCUCAAGAUAGAAGUGGCUCUCAGACUUUAAAUAGUGCGUCUAGGGGAGGACCUCAAAGUAAUAUUUCAGAUUCUGAAUGUGUUCCAAAAGCAGAAGAUUCAGACAUUCGAACAGUUCAGCAUGAACAGUUAGCCAGCCUUAGUCAGUCUCAUGAGAAACAUAGUGCCGAUGAAAAUGAGAUCAGCCAGUCUGCAGCAACUUCUAAUAAAACAGUAACAAUUCUAUUGGAAAGGGAGAAAGUGACAGAGACUGCUGGACUUAGUUUGAAUGAAGAGAAAAUUAUAGUGACACAGGAUAAGAAGAUCAUCUCCGACCCGUGUGAAAAAGAUACAGAAAGUGGACAGUGCGAGGAGCAGAUAGAAAAGGGGUCUGUAGUUUGCCCUGAUGAGGGACAGCUCUGUCCCCAAACAGAGGAUGAUUACACAGACAAAAACCAGGGCAUUGAACACAUUGAGAAAGAUUCACAAGGACAAGUUUCCUCAAAAUCCACUAGUUCAAGAAGACGCUUCAUGUAUGGUAUACUGGUUAAUGAUGAGGAUCAAUCAACAAGUCUUUGAAUAAAAGUGAAUCCCAAACUCAAAAACAUUAUAGUCCACUUAGGAAGCAAGCAUGCUGCUGCUUGAGUAUAGCCUGUGGUCUUCUUUCUUUCUAACUCGCAGAGUAUAGAAGUAUUUCUAAGUCCCGUAGCAUAAUGUGAUGUAUACAGAUCCUUCUGUGGUGACCCAAAAGUGGAUUAUGAUAUUGCGAUACUGUUCUGAAGCCAAAAUGUGCUUUGGGAAGAACUGAAGUUGCCUAAAUGUUCAUUCUGCGAUGUUGCAUUUUUUGUGAAGCUCAUGGGAGUCUCGCCCAGUGGCUGGAUUUGUAAUGUGGGUUUAGGUUAGUUAUACUACCCCAAAACCUGCAUCUUGAUUUGUAAAUGUGAGACAUGGUCACUGAAGGUUUUGUGUUUUGAUUUGAAAUAGUAGUCAACCUCAUCGUGUGAUGGCAUUUCAAACUGCUGUGGUGAAGAUUAUUAAUAACAGACUGAGCCUGAAUUGUUAUGAUCUAUAUGAUUGGGGAUUCCUGUUCGCUUUCAUCCAUACAGCUUUGAAUCUAUAUAUGUAUACUGAUCAGCGGAUGCUCACAUUUAAAAAAAA